GGUGCGAACCCCAAACCAAGAGGCAAAAAACCCUCGCCCUGGGUCUUUACAAAGCUUUGCCUGGGCGGAUGGUCUCCCUCUUAGAUCCACUGUGGGUGCACUGCUGGCCUCCAAGCUGGGGUGGAAAUUCUAUGAUGCCGACGAUUACCACUCCGAGGAGAAUCGGAUAAAGAUGGGGAAAGGGGUGCCACUGAGCGACCAGGACAGGAUUCCAUGGCUUUGCAGCUUGCACGACAUUUUACUAAGAGAUGUGGCUUUGGGACAGCCCGUCGUUCUAGCCUGUUCAGCUCUGAAGAAAAUGUACAGAGACAUCUUGAUCCGAGGAGGAAGCGAUGCGCCUCUGAAAGGCGAUGACUCGGCGAAGGAGGAACCGCUGGCUGGCGGGCAGCUCCUGGUGGUCUACCUCUGCGGGUCAUUUGACGUCAUUUAUGAACGCUUGCUCCAAAGAAAAGGACAUUUUAUGCCGCCCGAGUUACUACAGUCACAGUUCAGUAUUCUGGAGCCCCCAUCAGCUCCCGAAAACUUCAUCCAAAUCAGUGUGGACAAAGGUCUCCCGGAGAUCACUGCUGCCGUUAUGGAAGCCCUCAGAUGAAGUAUUGUUUCCAAGCUCCUCACCCAUGGUGUCUUCUAAAUUCUUUGUUUUAGAGACAGGGUUUCUCUGUGUAGACAAGGCUGGUCUGGAACUCAGAGAUCUACCUGUCUCUGACACCUCCCUUCCCCCCAGGGCUGGGAUUAAAGGCAUGCACCACCAUCGGGCUGUAUUGUAAAUUCUUAAUUGGGAACAAACCGCAGUUCGUGGAGGUGGGGUAGUUGUUUGACUGUAUUGGGAGUUUGUGGUGUGCUUGGCAGUGUGCAGCUGUGGCAGGACAAGGGGAGGAUGUUAAAAGUUAAAAACAGGCUGGAGAGAUAGCUCAGUGGUUAAACGCACUGACUACUCUUCCAG